AUGGACUACGGCGCCUCGAUUCACGAGGCAGACGACCCCGCUGGCGCCUCGCCAUGGGUCAACUCGCCAAUCUCGUCUCCCGAGCAGAACAGCUCCGGCUUCGAAAACAUGUCGGGCCAGCAGCCUCCCUUUCCCUACGCACCGCAAGCAUCCAACGGGAUUGACCAGGUCGUCGAGGCCGAGGGCUUCCAGCGGCCUGGAACGGCGAAUGCUGAAUCGGGCACCGAGACGGAAACAGAAGCCCCGGUCACCCUGCCGUCCGCCGGACCACAACCGAGACACGAACAGCCCGCUGGCCCACACGCGCAACCCGGCCAGGCUCAACUGCCGCAUAAACCAUCUCAGCCUCAGUUGAAACUGCAGGCCAAGAUCACGGGACUCGAACGCACCGGCAAGAAGGAUCCUGUUCUUCGCUUCGAUAUUCAUACGAACCUGCCCCGUUUCCGCACAACCCAGUAUCGCGACGUCCGACGUCUUCAUUCCGAGUUUGUCAAACUAGCCGCUCACCUGAUAUCUGCGAACCCCGAGGCCCUGGUCCCUGCCGUUCCACCUCCCGUCACGGCCGCCGGCGCCGGCACCGAUGAAGACGAAACGCGCGUCAAGGCCACGAUGCAACGAUGGUUCAACUACGUAUGUAGCAGUGACGUACUGAUGAAAGACGAUGAAAUGAUUCUCUUUGUGGAGAGUGAUUUUGGCUACAGCCCGAUGGUCAAGAUGAAGCAGCCGGCGACUGGCGUUCGCAGAAAGAUUCUGAAGCAAUUUGCGCCACCGCCUGACGAUACCCCUGAACUUGCGGAUGCCCGUCCCGCCGUCAAGUUGUUCUAUCUUGGCACCAUGGACGCUGGCCAUAAGGUCGAUAGGAUGGUUAAGGCCCGAAGAGGUCUCGGUCUCGCAGAAUCGGACUUUGGGGUGAAGCUGGGCAGCAUGAACGUCCAGGAGCCCCAUCCCGGGCUCGCAAAUGCAUACAGGAAGCUCGGUAGGACUGUCCAGACCGUCGGCGACUACCACGCGGCGCAGGCGACGGCAGAAGCGGCCACGAUCGGGGACCCGUUUCAGUACCAUUCCCAGGACGCAUUCAUUGUCAAGGAAUCUCUCACCAAUCGCCAGAUCCUCAUCAGGGAGUUCCUGCAAGCCCAGGAUGUCACCCGCAACAAACUCAAUGCGGCCGAUCGCCUCAAGGCAAGCUCGAGCGUGCGCCGCGAAAAGGUGGACGAGGCGAUUGCGGCCCUCGAUGACGCGCGGCAGAGCGAGAUGAACCUCCACAACAAGACGGCGCGCGUGACCAAAAACCUGGUCCUCGAGCGCCGCAAGUGGUUCACGCGGACGGCGGCAGACCUGCGCCUGAGCAUUAGGGAUUUUGUGCUCCGCGAGAUUGAGGCAGAGCGCCGGACGCUGGCCGUGCUUGAGGCCGUCCGCCCGGACAUUCGCUCCAUCGAUGCCUCGGGCGGGCUGAGCCGCCUCGGCCGCGAAGCCCACCCAGCCACGCGGCGCGCCAGCCUCGCCGCCAGCCAGGGCCCCAGGGGCGACGCGUGGAGCGGAGUGCCCCGCCGGUCCGACGCCUCGAGCCGCAGCGUCUCGGGCAGCCUCAUCAUGGGCAAGGUGGCCGAGGAGGGCGGCGAAGGCGGCGGCGACGAGGACCAAGACUCGGCCCAAGGCGCGGCCGGCGCGGGGGCGGGGGGGCUCGGAGGCGCCAACGAGGACGACGAGGAUCGCAUCGACGCGAGGAACGCGGCGAGCCGGCUGGCCACGAGCACCUUUUGA